AUGGCGGACAAUCUCAACAUCCCUUCUACUCAUCUGGCUUCUACUACUUCAGCUCGAGUCGUUUCAGAUCUUACGCAUCCUCGUAGUGGCUCUACCAUGAUCUUAUCUAUCACAUAUACAGUUAUCAAACAACAUCCACACACAGAAUCGCUUGAAGCCGACAACACUACCGUCGACACCACAGGUCCAAUCGUGACCACUCUCUCGACGCCGCAUCAGCCGGCAACAACGCCGCGGCCGGUGGUUCUGAUCUCCUCCCCCAUUGACCGUACCGCGGAUCCGCCUCCGAUUCCGGUUGUUAUCAAACAACAUCCACACACAGAAUCGCUUGAAGCCGACAACACUACCGUCGACACCACAGGUCCAAUCGUGACCACUCUCUCGACGCCGCAUCAGCCGGCAACAACGCCGCGGCCGGUGGUUCUGAUCUCCUCCCCCAUUGACCGUACCGCGGAUCCGCCUCCGAUUCCGGUUGUAAGUACCAUCGAAGCUUUUUAG